UUUGCUUUCUUUUGCAGCCAAGUGAAGAGAAUUUUAUUUAUCCCAUAUGCUUUGCAUGACAGAGAUGCAUAUGCCAAGAAAGCACGGCAUAAAUUUGAAAGUUUGGGUUAUGGAUUGGACAGUAUUCACGAAGUUCCAGAUCCUGUGGUGGCAGUACAGAAAGCACAAGGAAUCUUUGUGGGUGGUGGGAACACAUUUCGCCUGCUGAAAGUUCUGUACGACAACAAACUGGUUUCGGAGAUACACAGGACAGUCUUCCAGGAUGGUAUUCCUUACCUGGGGUCAAGUGCUGGGACAAACGUAGGCACUGUCAGUAUCAACACUACCAAUGAUAUGCCGAUUGUCUAUCCACCUUCAUUCAAAGGCAUUGGUCUGGUUCCAUUUAACGUAAACCCUCACUACCUGGAUGAUGAUCCCAACAAUCAACACAUGGGGGAAACACGGGAAAAGCGCAUUGAACAAUACCACGAGGAACCUGAUACACCACCAGUCAUGGGCUUGCGAGAGGGUUCCAUGCUCCUGGUCGAAGGUGAUAAGGCCACACUGCUAGGAACCACCGGUGCUCGCUUGUUCAUCCGGUUAUCCUCAAUCUAUUUCCUUUCGUCACUCCUAUUCAUGCCAAUGAAAAUUUCUCGCUAUCUAGUCCGAGUGACAAAGCGAAGAGGUGAGAUUCAAAAUUAAAGUUACAGUGGGUCUGCUGCUUUCAUUCUAAUUUUUCAAAUACUUUCUACUGGAAUGAUAAGUUAUCGGAGGAGACAGAAUGCAAAAGUAUCCAUUGAAUUUCUGGUGACAUGGGCGAGAAUGAAAAUAAAAGCAAACCAACUGAUACACCUCAGUGAUUCAAAGUGCACUAUUUGAUUAUUGCUAGAUGUAAAAAGAACAAAGUCUAUUCUGUUCACAUUCUAUUCACCUUGGUAAUGUCAUGCUGCAAUGAUUUAGCUGGCUAAUCCUAACAAUCAAUCUUGAGAAAUUUGAUUAUAGAGUCUUAUCAAUCAUUGCAGCCACUAGCUAACAAAACCCAUGGAAACAUAAUUACAGUGUGUCCAUGAGCUCUCCCCUUAAGAUUGUAUGAAGCACUGCAAUUCAUCAAUAAACAUGAGGGUGAAAUCAGCGGUUACUGAUACAUUGUUUUGCCCAUUCUCCCUUGCCACUAUAG